UUCGAGCUUUUGGCGCGAUUUCUGUGAAAUGUUUUAAUCGACGCGGGAAUAUACGUAAAGUUUUAAACACUAGCUACAACGUAAAUAUUUUGUUUCGAGACAUGUCGCAGAAAAGCAUUUUAUCAUUUUUUAAGAAGUCUGAAGGAGAUACUAAAACAAACAAAGAAAUAACCAACUCAGUGACAACCUCAAAAAAAGCCACUAAAAGGAAAAGGUCUUCAAUUGACGACAAGAAUAGUAAAAUUAAGGAUACUAAAAAGACAAAUGGCAUUGUGAAAGUUAAGCAAGAAAAGAAUUCUGAGCCUAAAAGUACAUUAAAUGGUAAUGCUGAAGAGUCGCCUCUCAAACAAAAAGAGGAUUCUGAGCCAAUAGUUAAACAAGAAAAGGAUUCUAAAUCCAUUGGAACAUUAAACGGCAAUGUGGAAGAGUUUUCUCUUAAAGAGGAAAAGGAUUCUAAGUCUGUAAUUAAACAAGAAAAGAAUUCUGAGUCUGUUAAGCAAGAAAAGAAUUCUGAUCCAACAAGUGCAUCAAAUGACACUGCAGAAGAAUUGCCUCUUAAACAAAAAAUUCAAAAUGAUUUUUCUGAUGGUGAUGGUGCAGAAACAAAAGAUUCUUCUCAGUCAUGUUCUAAAAGAAAAAAGGCUGAUGUAGAAUUUAGUCCAGUAAAAACUUCCAAGCGGAAGCGAGUUCAACAAAUGUUAGACAGUGACGAAGAAGAUAACGAUCUGAACAACAAAGAGGACAAAACCCAUGAAAAAUCUACUGAUUCCGUCAUUACAAAUGUUUCAAAGGAUGAAGAAAAACUUGCUUCUGAAAAAGUGAAAAAUAUUGAGAUUAACAAAGAUUCUUCUACUUCUGAUUACAUUCCCAAAAGAAAGACAGCUCGAAAACAAGUGAAAUCCUCAAAGACUAUUAAUAAAGAGAUAAAAAAAGAACCUGAAGAGGAAAAUCUUAAGUCAGAAAGUGACAAUGUUUGCUCAUUGACAGAAGAGAAAGCAAAAGCUGAUCAUUCUGAUGAAAAAGAUUCUGAAGACUCUCCCAAAAAAUCAAAACAUGAAGAAACUAAAAAAGAAUCCAUUCACCCAUUUUUCAAAACUGAAAAGAAAUCUGAUGAAGAUAAAGUUCAAAAGCCUAAUAGUAAAAACAAAACUAAAAGUUCUUCUUCAAGCAAUGUCUUAUAUGAUCCUUCAAAAGACCGAUAUCAUCCCAUAGAUGAUGCCUUUUGGAAACAUAGCGAAAAAGUGCCAUAUCUUGCUCUUGCUAAAACUUUAGAGUUCAUUGAAAAUACAUCAGCUAGAUUGAAAAUUACAGAAAUACUUUCUAAUUUCUUUCGGUCGGUCAUUGUUUUAUCUCCAGACGAUCUGUUACAAUGUGUGUAUUUGUGUUUGAAUCGUCUUGCUCCUGAAUAUGAAGGUAUUGAAUUAGGUGUUGGAGAAGCCCUAUUAAUGAGAGCUGUCGCUCAGGCAACAGGCCGAACAUUUGAUAAAAUAAAAGCUGAAGUUGGCGUGAAAGGUGAUUUAGGAACAGUUGCUGAAAGUAGCCGAGGAAAUCAAAAGCUGAUGUUUACUCCACCGAAGUUGACUGUUUCCUCUGUAUUUUCAAAAUUUAAAGAAAUUGCACAAAUGAGUGGAAAUUCAGCCAUGGCAAAAAAGACUGAUAAGAUUCAAGCUUUGUUUGUAGCAUGUAGAGACUGUGAAGCCAAAUACAUAAUUCGAACUUUAAGUGGCAAGCUGCGGAUUGGCUUAGCUGAACAAACUGUUUUGGCUGCACUCGGUCGAGCUGCUACAUUGACACCACCAGGACAAGUGUAUCCUCCAGAAAUACUGGAUGCAUCUUCAAAAAAAUCCAGUGAGAAAUUCAAAGAAGUUUUAGAUGCCAAAAUUUUGACUUUGAAAACAACAUAUUGUGAAUGCCCUAAUUAUGACAUAAUUAUCCCAAUUUUGCUAAGAGAAGGAAUUGAUGGAUUACCAAAGCAUUGUCAGUUGUGUCCUGGUCGUCCUCUAAAGCCCAUGUUAGCUCAUCCAACUACUAGUGUAGAAGAGGUCUUGAAGCGUUUUGAUAAUAACGAAUUUACUUGUGAAUUCAAAUAUGAUGGUGAACGUGCACAGAUUCAUAUGACAGAUAACGGGGAAGUUUCAAUAUACAGCCGAAACCAAGAAAAUAAUGUUUCUAAGUAUCCAGAUGUCAUUGCAAGAUUGCCUAAGAUUAUGAAAGAAGGUACCAAGGCUUUCAUUCUUGAUUCUGAAAUUGUUGCAUGGGAUUCGCAAAGCAAACAAAUAUUACCAUUCACCGUGCUGAGCACUCGAAAACGGAAGGAUGCUGUUGAAUCUGAGAUUACUGUUCAUGUGUGUGUCAUGGCUUUUGAUUUACUUUACUUGAACGGUGACUCUUUAGUUAAAAAACCUUUAAAAGAGAGAAGAGCUCUACUCCAUUCCUCAUUUGAUGAGAUUGAAAAUGAGUUCAUGUUUGUUACUUACAAAGAUGGCAACAGUGCUGAAACAAUGCAAGAAUUUUUAGAUGAAUCAGUCAAAGGCAAUUGUGAAGGUCUGAUGAUUAAAGCAUUAGAAACUGAUGCAUCAUAUGAAAUUGCCAAAAGGUCUCAUAAUUGGCUGAAGCUCAAAAAAGAUUACUUGAAUGGUGUUGGUGAUACACUUGAUCUUCUUGUCAUUGGUGGAUAUUUUGGUAAAGGUAAAAGAACUGGCACUUAUGGAGGAUUUCUACUUGCGUGCUAUGAUGUGGAAACUGAUGAAUAUCAAACAAUAUGCAAGCUAGGAGUUGGCUUUAAGGAUGAAGAUUUAGAAACUCACACGAAAUUUUUCAAACAGCAUAUUAUUGAAAAACCAAAAUCAUACUAUUCUUAUGAUCCUAGUCUAGAACCUGAUAGUUGGUUCGAGCCAGUACAAAUCUGGGAAAUCAAGUGUGCAGACAUGUCGAUUUCUCCUGUACAUAAAGCUGCUAGUGGUAUAGUUGAUCCUGUUAAAGGUAUUUCAUUACGUUUUCCACGUUAUAUAAGAAUUAGAGAUGACAAAACAAAACCUGAAGAUGCUACAUCAUCAUCACAGGUAGCAAAAAUGUAUCAAAAUCAAAGCCAGAUACAGAAUAUGAAGAAAACUAACCAGACUGAAGAGGAUUAUUAUUAAUGCUCUGAAUUUUUUUUCAUGUAAGGCAAACAAAUACAUUUUGUGUAAAUACAUUUUUAAAAUGAUUUUAAAAUUCAACUGUAUGGUUAUUUAUAAAAAUAAAGUUGAACAUUUUUU